UUGCGUAGGAGCCAUAAAUCUGCAGCAGUGUGUCUCUUUAUCUGUGCAUACGAUCUCCCUGUAACUACAUCAGACUGUAAGAAUGAAUGGCUCAGCUGCUUGGAACCGCCAAUAGAUUUAUAACUUGGCUCUGCGAGGGGCUUUGGAUGCUGCGCGAUUGCAUUCAGAGGGAGCGUUUUGACGUCAGACGGCCAGGAGUCAGCCAAGGCACCACACCGGCAGGCUGCAGAUUUAGGAGGCACCCACUGAGACAGGAUAGGGCAAUUUGGCCUGCUACAAUUUCCUCACAAGACGUGUUUAUGCACGGAGCGCUGUACAGUCUGUGGCCACGCCUCCCUCUGAACGUUGUGUGAGUCUGUCACUGUCCUAAACGGACCUUAUCGUAUUGAAUCGCAAAAUGUUGUUGACAGUGCAUUUGUCAUAACGUGCGGUGAUGAAAAACUGAUAUCUUCAAGGCAGACGGCAGAAGACUCGUCCCAUUUUUGUUGUUUGAACAGGGUGGAACAGACUUGUAUCUCCCGAGGCAGCUCUCUGCAGCAGUGACAGAUACACACAACAUGGCGCUUCACCUUUGUGUCACAGUGCUGGUACUUGCAGUAUGUAUGACAGCCGUGGAUGCCUGCCCUUCAAGCUGUACGCGUGAUCCCGUGUGGAAAGCCGUGGACUGCUCUCACCGGAAAUUCCUGUCCAUUCCCGAAGGAAUCCCGGGCGACACGACCAUGCUACACCUCGAGGAGAACAGCUUCCAACAGGUGAAUCAGAGCCAGUUCGCCAACUACACCCACCUGCAGACCCUGUAUUUAUACAGCAAUAACAUCUCCUACAUCGAGGCAGGCGCCUUCGCGGAACUCGAGCACCUCAGCACCUUGAGACUCUUCACCAAUCACCUGUCCACUCUCGAAAACGGCAUGUUUCGCGGACUCGCCAACCUAACCCUGCUGGACCUCAGCAGAAACAGGAUCCUCACAAUUCCCGACGACGUGUUUUCCAGCCUGCAGAACUUGGAGGUCUUGCACCUCUGGGACAACCAGAUUAUCUUCGUGUCGCUAAACGCCUUCAGGGGCCUCGAUAACCUUCACCAUUUGACGUUGGACGGCAACAACCUCACAGCGGUACCCACCCAAAGCUUCCAGACCGUCCCAAAGCUCGAGACGUUACAAAUCCUAAAUCUCCCCGUCACCAGCCUUCCCGCCUACGCGUUCAAGAGUCUUCCACACCUGAAGGCCCUGCACAUAGGAGACUGGCCCCGCCUGGAAUUCCUGUCACCGGAAGCGUUCGACGGGCUGGAUCUCACCUACCUGUCUCUUUACAGAUGCAACUUGCAGAGUCUUCCCUUCGAGGGGAUACGCAGGCAGUGGGGGCUGAAACAGCUGCUCCUGUACGACAACCCGAUCGCUAACCUCCGGCCGAACCAGUUCUACAACAUGAGCCAGCUGGAAGAGCUCUACCUCAAUGACAUGCUACUGGACGUCCUGGACAGCGACAUAUUCAAAGACUUGACGAGUCUCAUCAAGCUGGACAUGUCCAGCAACUACUUCAAGAGCAUACCCCCCACCCUCUUUCGGAAACUGCGGCAGCUGGAAUACCUGGAUCUGUCCUUCAACCAGUUGUCAUACCUUCCCCAGCAGGCCUUCCAGAGCCUACACUCCUUACGGACAGUUCGUCUGGGUGAGAACCCUCUCCAGUGCGACUGCGACUUGAAGUGGCUGAAGGUUUGGGAGGGAAAGUUCACCGCGAAGGACAUCACCGCGACCUGCUCCCGUCCGCUGAAGCUGCACGGUCUGCAGCUGAAGAACCUGAACGUGUCCGACUUCAUCUGCGAGCUCCCCUACAUCACCGGGUACUCCAAGGACGUGUGGGCGAAGGAAGGGGAGGACGUUAUGCUGGAGUGUAAAGCGACCGGCUUCCCCCAGCCUAGAAUCUCGUGGGUCACUCCGGACGGCCUCCACUUGGACCCAGACUCCAAGUACGACGGGAAACUGAAGGUGUCGAACGAGAUCGUGCUUUACAUCCAGAACGUUACGGACGCGGAUGAGGGCGAGUACAUGUGCCUCGCGAACAACAAGGGCGGAAGCGACAAGGUCAAGAUCACGCUGACCGUCGGGGAGUACCCGUUCAAGCCGUCCGUGCUCCCGCGGGUGGCGGACAUGCAGCCGCGCGUGGAGGACCACACAAAGGUCAUGAUGUCACGGACUCCGCUGAAACAAAAGAAGGCGAACCCUGCUCUCGUGGCGGGCGUAAUCAUCGCGGCCGCCGUGCUGAUAGGCCUGGUGUUUGUGCUGGUGUACAUCGUGAGGAAAGCGCCCAUGGACAGGGGGUUAGCGCUGAGGGGGUCCACGUCCGAGGAGAUGAGAAUGCUGCCGAGCAGGGAUCAGACAACCGAGAACGUGGCCCUCAGCUUCAUCGAAACAAUAGCAUGACACGAGAAAGACAACCACUACUUAGUGUGUAACAACAUUUACUGUAUGAGUCAUCUUGAGAUGGGAAAGAUUUCUGUAAGCAACUGUACAAGUUAUCUUCAGAUGGGAAAGGCUUCUGUAUGCAAGGAAUGACACAUGCGGAAAGGAUGCCAAAAUCGGAACAUCGAAGGGUCUGUGCAGUCAAGAGACUGGAGAGUGGUCGACUUCAAUGGC